GCCAGCACGUCGUCAGGAGAAGCAAGCUCGCGUCGUGUCGUGCGUCGUGUGGUGACUAGCUUGCUCUUGCUACUUGCUAGGAAGAAACUAGGAGGUGAAGGAGCUCUGCGUGCCCGGCUGUACUGUAACCAAGAGCAAGGGUCAUCAGUAAUGUCGCAGCUGGUGGACAAGGCGAAGGGGUUCGUCGCCGACAAGGUGGCCAAGAUCGAGAAGCCGGAGGCGGAGCUGGCGGACAUGUCGGUGGGGCACGUCGGCCGCGACGGCGCGACCCUCGCGGGGCGCAUCGACGUGCGCAACCCCUACUCGCACGCCAUCCCGGUGUGCGAGAUCAGCUACUCGCUCAAGAGCGCGGGGCGGGAGGUGGCGUCGGGGACGAUGCCCGACCCGGGGUCGCUCACCGCCAAGGACACCACGCGCCUCGACGUGCCCGUCAAGGUGCCCUACGACUUCCUCGUCAGCCUCGUCAAGGACGCCGGGAGGGACUGGGACAUCGACUACGAGAUGCGCGUCGGCCUCACCGUCGACCUCCCCGUCGUCGGCAACUUCACGCUGCCGCUCACCAAGUCCGGCGAGCUCAAGCUCCCGACACUCUCCAGCAUCUUCUGAUCUUCCAGUACUGCCUACGGCGUGCAAUCGCUCUGUCAUGUUUGCUUAAGGCCAAGUAAAAUAAUAGUAUGUAUUGCAGAAGUUUUUGGACAAAUAAAUAAGGAAUAAACUGCAGAUUUAGUAUGUUUUUUGA